AUGCUUUGGCUGAGCACGAAAGAUUUGGAUACUCCUACCAUUUCCAAUGACUCAAGCCCAGGAAAACCUGAGAUCUGCAGCCGUUGUCCUCACUCUGCCGUCUUAUCAGACUACUUACCUCAACCUUCGUUGGUGACUCCGACACGAGUAUCCAAUCCUCCUUGCUUAAUACAUAGUACGGAAUCAUACGGAAAUUCCAAAUAUCAUGAGAUGACUUAUUUGCGCAGACGAUCUCUAGGGAGUCAAACAACAACACCUUUUGAGGACAAAAUCCAUUCAAAAUGUUUGGGCUCUUUUGAUGAGAAGACACUACAAUACUCCGAAAUCCACGUACAAGAUUCUAUUUUGGUAGAAAAAAUUGAAAGAUCUUCUGCUCCAGCAUCUCCCCAAAGAACAAGAAACAUCUCAAAGUCAACUCAUCCCACUUUGUUUCCAGAUACAUUAGUUUCAUUGCCUAUUCAAAAUGCACAAGAUCAAUCGCCAUUUCCACUUUCACUACCGCUGUCUCCAAGCAAGCAGCCCGUAUCACUGAAGCAGGAUUCACAACCACAUGGUUCGCAUAAGAUCCGUGAUGGUUUUCAUCACCAACAGCUAUUUUCGCGAGAUCCAAAACAGCAACAUGACUGUCUGAAACUAAUUCAGCUGCAAAAAACAGAACAGUCGUCACAGCCUCUAUCUCUGACGCAAAUCCAGCUAACUCCUCCUUGGGCCAAUGCAUUAGCCGCUCUGGGCCGAAUCAGACAGCGAAAGUCGCCAACAAAAGAACAGGAAAAUGUUCAGGUGGAUUCAUAUGAAGGGAAUAAACUUGGUCACUUCAUAUCUUCAGGUCCGGGCCCUAAGUUGAAUAAAUCCCAUACCUCUAUAAGUUAUGCUCCACUAACAUUGAAUAGGAGGCAGUUUGGCGCACAAUUCGGCCUUUAUAAGGGGCCUAAUGAGAUUGAGGAUAGACAGGGAUCAUCACCACUUCCCUGCGCUCGUCUACGAUACAGCCUAAAUGAUCGUGUCAGAGAGAUCCACCGUGUUCGCCAAUCCAAGUUGAACGAGAGCAGGAAUAACUAA